AUGACAAAUGCAUUGGCGAGCCAAUAUCCAUCUGGAGAGCCUUCUUUCAUGCACGCUUUAGAUCUAGACGCUAUGAAUGUACCAGAGUUUUCUGAGUAUGUCAACUCAGCCCACACACCGAACAAACACACACACGGUGGAGAAGAGAUCGGGCAGAGAGAGGGAGGGCGUCGCGCCUGUCACGAGUUCGCCGCCACCACCGUGCCGUUGCGCCAUCGCCAGAAAGAGAAGAAUCGACAUGGGGUUGGCUCGCGAGUGAGGGUGGUCGCAAGCUUGGAGCCGCCGCGCCAUCGUCACCACUGCGUCCACGCUGGUUGUCGCCGUUGUGAUGCACUCGAGGGGAGAGAAGUCGCCCUAGAAGGCUGGCCACCAGGGGCGCUGUUGCUGCGAACCAGCCGCCGCCGUGCAUCCUCGUUGCCGCCACUGACCGGCCAAGUCGCCUCGCCAUGGUCACCGUCGUGGGUUUUGCUGCUGGUGAGGAAGGGACGCUGCCUUGUGACAUCGCGGCGUGCCUGGGCGUUGUUGCUGCGAGCGCGCCAUCACCGGAGCUGGGUGGUUGCUGUCAUGGGAACCGUGAAAGGAGGGAGAGGUCGUGCCGUUGUUCUGGCCGUCGGAGUUUCUAUGGCCGUCAGAAGCUGCCGCUGCCCAACCAGCUGCAACCGGGGUUGUCUCUUGUCGUGUAUGGCUGCCGAAGAAGUUGUUGAGGCCGCCGGAACCACCACCGGAGCUACUGGUUACUUCUGCCGUCGCCGGAAAAGUAUGCCGAACUGCUAUUAUCAGAAAUUCGGGCCGCUGUCGUUAUUCAGAAUUUAUUAACGGAGCCGUUGCCGAGUCGAUUUGGAGUUGCGGCUGUUUCGUUUCGUUAAUCUAAGUUGGUGAGAUUGUUGAGAACGCAAGUGGAGCCGAGUUGCUGGCUGCAGUUGGUUUGGGUUGAGGCGGAGAGGACUCUGCGAGACUUUUGGGCUAUGGAAUUGCGUUUUGAGGAUAUGGGCGCAGAAGUUACAAAGAGCUUAUUUAAUUGUUGUUGUG